AUGGCAACACACGGUUUCGGCGUCAUCUACCCUGACGGCUCCGUGGGGGGGGUGCCCUUCUGCCUGCUCUUGACGUGCCACCAGUCCUGGAACAUCCUCCUGUGGACCGUCCUCCCCCUAUACCUGAAGCAGUGGCCGACGAUUUCCCUGGCCCACAAGCUCUGGGUAUUCCACCUGUGGAUCGACUCCCACCUGUUCAUUAUGCUUCUGAUCUCGCUCUUCAUGAUGAUGGAGAUGGCCAUGCAUGGGGAACUACCGCUACGUCGUGUGCCUGUUCCUGGCGUUCUUACCGGCCCCGCUCAUGACCCCCAGAUGAGGAACAAGUAUGCGGCCGUGGACGUGAUGUUUGGGGUGACUGGCCUGCUGCCGCACACCUCGCUCGCUCUCCAACUGGCGCUCGAGACCCUAAGUGCCUUCCCCGACUACACGCCCUUCGACCCCGCAGCGUUGGAUGUUGCAGGGGUGGUUUCGGUUGCCUCCCCACCCGCGGCCUUCCCCGACUUCGACUUUUCUGACAUGGAGGACAGUGGUGCUGGGGACACUGCGCACGUGGAUGAUAGCACUGAUACUGGCCACACCGCGCUGGUCGUCGACGCGAUUGACGGCUCGGUCAGCCCCAUCGACUCCGCCUACGACGCCCUGGACUUCAACAGCGUGAGCCUGAGAGGCUCCGCGCUCGCGCGCACGCAGCG